AUGGUGGUGGAGGUCUUUGGGGAACUGAGUGGGGAUGGCAGCACUGGGAUUCGGGAAGGCAAAGCAAUGAUGAUAGGGCUGGAGGUAGCUAAAGAGGGAUUGUUCCACAUCACUCAGUCUCACCAAGGAGCCCCUCCAGCCUGUGUUUUCCCCUUCCUUUUCGGUGGCAGAUACUACUCUUCGUGCACCACUGAUGGCAGCCCUGACCAGCAGCUGUGGUGCGCCACAACUGACAACUUUGACAAGGAUCGUAAAUUGAAGCCAUGUGCUCUUAGAGAAUAUGGAGGCAACUCGAAUGGAGCUGAAUGUGUUUUCCCCUUCAGCUACAGGGGCCAUACUUACUACACCUGCACUAACAAAUACGAAAUAAGAAAUCGGUACUGGUGUGCUACAACAGGAAACUAUGAUAAGAACAAGAUGUGGAGCUUCUGUGCUGACACCAGACUAGAUGCAAAUUUAGCUACAGGGCCCUGCAUUUUCCCUUUCGUCUUCCAAGGCAAGUGGUACAAAGCCUGCACAGUAGAUGGGAGAUCUGAUGGGAGGCUCUGGUGCUCUCUUGUCACCAACUACGAUGAAAAUCCGACGUGGGCAUACUGCGAACCCUCAAAACCUGCCUCAUGCGUCUUUCCCUUCAAGUAUAAGAACAAGUCACACUUCUCGUGCAUCAAAGAAGGAAGUGUUGAUGGGCAGCUGUGGUGUGCCACAACUCCAGACUAUGACAAAGACAGCAGUUGGAAAGGAUGUUCCCUCCAAGAGUAUGGAGGGAGCUCCAAUGGCCAGCCUUGUUGGUUCCCUUUCACCUUCAACAACCAGACAUAUGAUGCCUGCACCAAUGAGGAUGACGACGGCGAGAAGAAUGGGGGAUACUGGUGUUCCACUACUCCAAACUACGACGAGCAGAAGCUAUGGAGCUUCUGUGCUGACACGAAUUUGAGAAGUGGGGAAGUUUUAUUACCAGGUGCAGAAUCGAGGAGCUGUGUCUUUCCUUUCACCUACAAAGGCAAGACUUACACAAGCUGUACAUCAGUUGGGACAAUGAACUGGAGGUAUUGGUGCUCUCUCACAAGCAACUAUGAUGAAGGUCGCCAGUGGAAAUACUGCGAACCUUCAGAAUAUGGAGGGAAUUCCAAUGGCCAGCCUUGUGUCUUCCCCUUUGCUUACAAGAGCCGGACGUUCUAUACUUGCACCAAUGAAGAUAAUCCACAUGGGAAGUUCUGGUGUGCCGCCACAGUGAACCAUGAUAAGGACCAGAAGUGGAGCUAUUGUUCUGAAACCAGACUGAGUACAAGACCUACAGGGUCAUGUGUAUUUCCUUUCAUCUACGAAGGAAAACUUUAUACGUCUUGCACAACUGAUGGGGAAUCCACUGGCAAACUCUGGUGCUCUCUGACCAGCAACUAUGAUGAAGACCCAAAACGGGCAUACUGUGAUCCUUCAGAGAAUGGAGGUAAUGCUAAUGGACGACCCUGUGUCUUCCCCUUUGUGUACAUGGGCGAAACUUACCAUACCUGCACCCAGAAAAAUGCACGGAGACAGGACUUCUGGUGUUCGACAACAAAGGACUAUGACAAGGACCAUAAAUGGAGCUACUGUCCUGAUAUCGACAAAGAAAUAGCAAAAACUGACCAAAAUUUCUUUUUGUACGCCACUACGGCGGCGAGAAUUCCAAUAGCCCAGAAAUGGAAAAUUAACGAAAUGCCAUCAAUUAACGAGUGGCAGUCGAAACUUCUGGAAUAUAUGGAAAUAGCCAUACUCACCAAUAGAAUCCGGGAACAGGAUGAAGGAAAACUCAAAUUUCAAUGGAGUAAAUUUGUUGAAUAUGCUAAAAUCAAUUAUAAAGUUGAUGUUUAUCGCAGCUACUACUAUGACACAGAACUACUGGCUUGUUACAUCACUUUUGAACAAUCCGCCACUGAUUUAGAAAAGGUCAACAAUGAUUUAAUGGAGUUAAAAGAAAGGACAAAAACUAAAUACAAUAAGGAGGAUUUUGGCAAACUCACUCACAAGCUGGAUCAGGAUGUUAAUGAAUUUUCCAAUGAAUUAGCCAAUUUUAAGAAAAGUUGA